GUCUGCCCUGGCUCCUCCCACCUGUCCCCACGGCAGGUGCGCCGAAAGCGGGGCCAGGCUGUCCCCUUCUUCCAGCCUGGAGGUCGGCUGCAUACGCGAACAGCCGACCCAGCCAAGCAUGGUCAGACAGGUUGCCAAAGUGGACACCGGCCUUCUCUGCUUGGGAGUCUCCGAUGCCUCUGGGACCAACGCUUGCCAGGACCCUCAGCUCGGAGCGAUCCGGGAGGCGCUGUCCACCACAGGCCGCGCCCUGAAGCCACGUGGCCCAGAAUGGCCACUUAGAGCACGCCACUCCAUAGCCGCUGUGAUUGGCUCAGGGGCGGGCACCUGACUCAAAAUGAGCCAAUCGGAGUCUUCCCAGAGCCUCGGUAGCGCGCCCGCAGCCGGCGCUGGCAGGUGCCUUGGUCAGGGCCGUGGGGAGCCGUGGCGGGGGGGGUCGCGGGCUGCAGGGGUAGGACCCAGUCGGGGCCGCCGGCUGUAUUCUUCCCGCCGUAGAGGUCGUUCCUGCACUUCUGGAGCGCCGAGGAAGGGGAUUAGUGGCACUCUAGCCCUUGGGCCGCGCUUCCAAGACCCCAAGUCCCGAGGACCUGCGCUCCCGGCCCCGCCUUCUAACAAGCCCGCCCUUCCUCACGCCCGGCCUCCCCACGGCCCGUCCCCCUCUGAAUACCGCUUCCGGGACCCCAGGGCCCCGCCUCCACAAGGCCCGCCCCCAGGCCCGGUGGGCAGAGCCCCUGGGUUUCAGUCCUUCGGCUCCCGCGUGCCUCCUCUCUCCGGCCAUCUUGUUCUGUGGCUGUGGCCGCGCUGCUUCCUUUGCUGGCCUCCUUCAUUCCUUCUAUCCUUCCGUCCGUCCUGGCCCAGACCUCCCUCUGUUCGCCUUUCCCGCCGCUCGGCCUCCUGCCCUGCCUCGCUCUCACGCUUCCGCGCCCCCUGUGCAUUUCCUCUGCCACUACCCCGACCCUCCGACUCGUCGGCUCUUCGGCCAGGGUCUUUCUGGAGCUUCAAUCGGGCCCUGCCACUACCUUCUUACACCUCGACGCACCCCAGGCAGGGGCUCUCCUGCCUGCAGCCUUGUUCCUGCGGGCCCCCGGCCUCGCCCCCUCACUCGCAGCUGUUCCUCGAGUCCUGGCUAGGAUGGAUCCCUGGGCAGCGCCGGAUCUGAUGGGCUGCGGCCGUGUCUGACGCUCUGGCCUGCGCGGUCAGCGUGGGUCUGGGGAAGAUUUGGGGCGGACGGAGACACUCAGUGGUGCCGCCGUGACAGUCCGCGGGGUGCGCGGCACACUGGCCCUGGGUCCCCCCACCAGCCCCCUCGCACACCCGUCCACUCCCACUCCCGCCUGUUCCCACACCCGCCUCCGGCUCGGGGCUGGAGGGGGAGGUGGAGCUCCGGCUGGAGAGCGGAGGGGGAAAGGACUGGACCGCGCAGAGGAGCCCCGGGGCCCAGGCGUCUGGCCCGCCGCGCUCCUGUCAGGCUGCGCUUGGGGGCGGGGUUUUGGGCGGCAGGGGCCGGGCCGUGCCGGGUCGGAGUCUGAGAAAGCCGAAAACCUGUGCCCGGGAGCCACCCUGUCGACUCCGACCGCGGCCUGCGACCUCCUUCCGUGCCUGGAUUCUGCGUGUUCGUGCCCAGGCUCCGUGAGCACCGUCCCAGCUGUGGCCCAGGGGUUGAGCUGCUCCCCGGGACUGCAAGGAGGGAACAGGCAGUGCACCCACCCCCAGGGGCGUCUAGGCCAUGAGGACGGCACUCGUGUACCAUGGGGAAAUGACAGCCGCCCGGCUGCUCUGGGAAGACCCUGAGUGUGAGAUCGAGCGUCCUGAGCGCCUGACUGCAGCCCUGGAGCGCCUGCAGCAGGAGGGCUUGGAGCGGAGGUGUCUACAGUUGGCAGCUCGAGAGGCCUCCGAGGCAGAGCUGGGCCUGGUACACAGCCCAGAGUACGUGUCCCUGCUGCGAGGAACCUCGGCCUUGGGCACCGAGGAGCUACGGGCGCUGUCUGGACAGUACGAUGCUGUCUACUUCCAUCCGAGCACCUUCCACUGUGCCCGGCUGGCCGCGGGAGCUGCGCUGCAGCUGGUGGAUGCCGUGCUGACAGGAGCCGCGCACAACGGGCUUGCCCUGGUGAGACCUCCUGGGCACCACAGCCAGAGGGCUGCUGCCAGUGGGUUCUGUGUGUUCAACAACGUGGCCUUGGCAGCCAAACAUGCCCAGCAGAGACAUGGUCUGCACAGGAUCCUCAUUGUCGACUGGGAUGUCCACCAUGGUCAGGGCACCCAGUAUAUCUUUGAGGAUGACCCCAGUGUUCUUUACUUCUCCUGGCACCGGUAUGAGCAUGGUCGCUUUUGGCCAUAUCUUCGGGAGUCGGAUGCAGAUGCCAUUGGGAGGGGGCAGGGCCGUGGCUUCACUGUCAACCUGCCCUGGAACCAGGUUGGGAUGGGAAAUGCUGACUACAUGGCGGCCUUCCUGCAUGUGCUGCUCCCUGUGGCCUUUGAGUUUGACCCUGAGCUGGUGCUCAUCUCAGCAGGAUUUGACUCAGCGAUUGGGGAUCCCGAGGGGCAGAUGCAGGCCACGCCCGAAUGCUUUGCCCACCUCACGCAGCUGCUGCAGGGGCUGGCCGGCGGCCGCGUCUGUGCUGUGCUGGAGGGAGGCUACCACCUGGAGUCGCUGUCCCAGUCGGUGUGCAUGGUGGUGAAGGCGCUGCUGGGUGACCCUGCCCCGCCCCUGUCGGGGCCCAUGGUGCCUCAGCACAGUGCCCUGGAGUCCAUCCAGAGUGCCCGGGCAGCCCAGGCCCCUCACUGGACUAGCCUUCGGCAGCAAGGGUCGGCCCCCAUACUGAGCUCCAGCACCUGGUCCCCAGAGGAGAGACCAUCACCUGUGUCGCCUGGAGGACCCAAGUUCGAGGCAGCAGAGGCCCAGACCUCGGCUGUACUGAGUUCCCUCCUGGACCAGCUGCACCUCCACCCCACACCCCCUGUCCGCACGGCUGUUGCCCUGACUGCGCUGGAUGCCGCCCUUGUCCUACCCCCCGAAGUCCUCCUUCAAGAGGGGUCAGCCCCACAGGAGGAGACACAGGCCUGGGCCAGGCUACACAAGGCCCUGGCCCAGGACACGGCUUUCAUUGCACUUGGAAAGGUCCUGCAUCUAUUGAAUGGGAUCCUGGAUGGACAGGUGAGCAGUGGCAUCGCAACGACCCCAGCUAUAGCCGUCACCCUGGAGGUGGCCAUCUUGCACGGCUUGUCCCACAGAGCCCAGAGGGUGCUGUGUGUGGCCGUGGGACAUCUGGAUCGGCCCCCAGACCUUGCCAGUGAUGGAAGGACUUUGUGGCUGAACAUCAGAGGCAAAGAAGCGGCUGCCCUGUCCACGUUCCACGUGUCUGUGCCACUGCCAGGGACAACAGGUGGGUUCUUAAGCUGCAUCCUGGCCCUUGUGCUGCCCCUGGCCUAUGGCUUCCAGCCUGACUUGGUGCUGGUGGUGCUGGGACCAGCCCAUGGCCUCCAGGACCCCCAAGCUGCACUCCUGGCUGCUCUCCUACGGGGGCCAGCAGGGGGCCGAGUCUUGGUCCUAGUGGAGCAGGAAUCCCCAUCCCAGCUUGUGGGGGUCCUGGCCCGGGUGUUGCAUGGAGAGGCACCCCCCAGCCUGGGUCCCUUCUCCAUGGCCUCCCCAGAGGACCUGCAGGCCCUGAUACACUUGAGAGGGCAGUUGGAAGCACAGUGGAAGAUGCUGCAGGUGGCUGCUCCUUCUUGAGUGCCGUGACCUGGUUGCUUGAAAUUGGCCAGGAUGGAAGUCUGCACCUCAGAAAUGACAAUACAAGCUAGUCCCCCAGAGCCAGUUAUGAAACAUUCGCCAGUACACCACUGUCUGAGGCCUUUGUGCAGAGGGCCAGGCUACAGAGCUGUCCAGGGCACUGGCUCAGGGGCACUCUGUCCACGGCAGUGACCUGGAGCCCCCCUCCAGUAGCCUGCCUCUGCAUGGAUGGCCCCAUCUUCAUUUCCUACACUUCUGUUAACUUUAAAAUAAAAGUUAUUUUACCAGCAAAAA